GCCCUUCAUCCAUCUGUCUAGAUCAUACAGUUUGACAACAGUACAUCAGGCUCAUUUCAAGACGCAGAUAAUGAGAGGCAUUCUCAAGGUAUGUACUACAAAGUAUCAAUCUAUCAACCCAUGCUGUGCCAUCACAUGAUGAUCUCUUUUUAUUGGAGCUGUCCUAGCUACACAAUGCGGACAACCUUUUUAUACGCAUAAUAGACUUCUGAUACUUUGCACUUUGUUUCCUUGCUUAUUACUUUUGCAAGUAUCACCAUUCAAUCUUGCUAAUUGAAUGCAGCUCUUACAAGGAACAAGUGAACACACCUUCCAGCCUCCUUGAAUUUGGUCUCGUAAAGACGACUCCUAAACAGUCACUUCCAUUUCUUUAAGAAUAACGUAUCACACUCGGUGAUAUUUGAUUGCAUCGCCGCUCAACAUGGCUCAUGACCCUCGACUAUCCAGUGCGGGCACUGCCACUCCCAAUCCACCACCUCCGCCCCCUCCUCCACCCCCGGAGACGUCCACAACGGGGACAGGCGAGGCGCAGGCCGCAGAAGCAUCUGCACCCGCACAGUCGUCAGAGUCAUUCAAGCUAAAGUUCUGCACAGUAUGUGCAUCGAACCAGAACCGUUCAAUGGAAGCCCAUCUCCGGCUCUCGACGGCGCCCUCUCCCUUCCCCGUUAUUUCAUUCGGAACGGGGUCCCUGGUCCGUCUUCCAGGACCAUCCAUCACUCAACCUAAUGUUUACAACUUCAACACCACCUCGUACUCGCAAAUGUAUGACGAGCUCCUCUCCAAGGACGAAAGACUCUACCGUAAUAAUGGCCUUCUGAACAUGCUUGACCGCAACCGGAAUCUGAAAUGGGGCCCGGAGCGCUUCCAGGACUGGGUUCCCGGAAUGCCGCGGGUGGACCACGUGUCGAAAGGCGACAAGGGUGCCCUGGGCACGGAAGGAGGCACGGUCGACGUCAUCAUCACCUGCGAGGAGCGGUGCUGGGAUGCCGUCGUAGACGAUCUCAUGAACAAGGGCGCGGCCCUCAACCGACCAGUCCACGUGUUCAAUGUCGAUAUCAGAGAUAACCAUGAGGAGGCCUUGGUAGGAGGGAAGGCCAUCCUCGAAUUAGCCACGCGCCUGAACGAUGCGGCGACCCAGGAACGUAAGAUUCAUGGUGCCGAGGGCUGGGAAAACGGUAACGGCGACGCCCGUAGGAGCUUCGACGAACGCGUACCUGAGAUUCUGGCUUCGUGGCAGGAGAAGUGGCCUAAUUUGCCGGCUUUGUGGACCCUGGCCUGGCUAUAGUAACGGGAACUCUUUAGUACUCCACAAUGCAUAAGCAUGAUUCAUGG